AUAGUGUCAGUUCCAGAGGGUUCCAGAUCAUUCAGUCAUGAUGACUCAUCUCUACCUUGGUGUGAUAAUCUUGGCUGUUUUCGCAACGCCCGUUGCCAACGCAGAUAUCAAAGUUGUCUGUGCAAAAGACUCCAUAAGCAUCUUAUGGAGGAUCAGCGAGGAGUUGGUGCCGCAUGCAGCCCGUCUCUUCCUCGGAACCUGCAUGCCCUCCGGUUUGAAUGUGCUGCCCACCGGAGAGGGGGAGGUCGUGUUCAACUACAAAUUAGCAGACUGCAAAUUUAAAAGACUGAUGAAAGGUAAAAAUAUCUUCUUUCAAAAUGAGCUGACUUACAGGCCACAGCCGAGGUCAAAACCGGCUGCCUUUCUGUAUCCCAUCGAGUGUGUUUAUAAAAGACCCGAAGGAUGGAUUCCAGCUUUCCUGAACCCUGCGUCGGGUAUUUCUGAAGGCCGAGGCAGUCUAGUGUUCCACAUGGCGCUGCUCAAUGAUGAACUGACAAGUGUAGCAAAGACAAAUGUUGUUCCCCUGGGCUCCUUUAUGCCAAUAUGGGCGGCAGUGGAGCAGAAGUCCCAUCAACCCUUGCUGCUGCUCAUAGAGGAAUGCGUGGCGAACGCUUCCCCAGAGCUGGAGCCUGGCAGCCAUGUUCACCCCAUCAUAACCAAUAAGGGAUGUCUUUCGGAUAGCAGGAAGGGAAACUCUAUGUUCCUCCCUCGCUACCAGUCGUCUGCAGUGACCCUUUACCUGCAGGCCUUCCAGUUAGGUUUUGGAGAGGAGGUGUACAUUCACUGUAAACUGGUUGCAUGGGAUCCUGAAGUUUUUGAUGAAGGAAAGAAAGCCUGCCAUUAUAAGAAGGAAAGCGAGAGUUGGGAACUACUCGAUGACCCCUCUAGGAGCGCCAUCUGUAGCUGCUGUGACUCAACCUGCAAGUCCCGCAACAAAAGAGGAGUUGACUGGGAAACCAAUGCUUUUAGUCACAAUUCUGUGUUGGGACCCCUGAUCAUAAUGGAUUCUUCUACCAACAGUGUCUCAGGAGGCCCAGUCUAAGCUGACGAAGACUCCACGAUGACCUCUGCCCCUGACUGAUGGAAACACUGGGACGUCAGCUUGACAUGAUCUCAACUUUUAACUGUUUGCAUAUUCAUUUGACUCUUCAAAUGUCUUAAACUCUCUAUCCAAAUAAACCAGAUGUGAACUCUUGCUGAGAAUCUA